CGCGCUACCUCUCUCACUUCCUUUCUCUCCUGCUGUGUGCUGGGUUGCGCAUGCUCUCCCUUCGUUCCUCAAUACGUCCAUGAUAACGGCAAAAACAAAUCCUUGGAUAAUAAGAAUAUAAUAAUAAUAACAAUCAAAGAUUGCUUUUUAGCCAAGAAUCUGUAGAGGUGUGGCAUGGAUAUGCAUCUGGGUUCUGUGCAGAUAAGUCCUCACCCUCUGAAUAUUUGGAAGGCCCAAGAGCAGUAUUUUCUGAGAAUGCAAAGGAACAAAGAGAAGAAAUCAAUGGAAAAGAUGGGAGAGUCAAAUCAGUGUAAGAGGAAACUGAGGGUGUGUGUGGCAACAUGCAACAGAGCAGAUUAUUCCAAGCUGGCCCCCAUCAUGUCUGGGAUCAAAUCCCACCCAGAAGACUUUGAACUGGAAGUUGUGGUGCUUGGUUCACAUCUCAUUGAUGACUACGGGAACACUUUUCGGAUGAUUGAGCAGGACGACUUUGACAUUGGCUCGAAGCUCCACACUAUUGUGAGAGGAGAGGACGAGGCUGCCAUGGUGGAAAGUGUUGGGCUGGCACUUGUAAAACUCCCUGAUGUUAUACAGAGACUGAAACCUGACAUCCUGGUCGUACACGGUGAUCGUUUCGAUGCUCUCGCUUUGGCUACUGCUGCAGCAUUAAUGAAUAUUAGAAUACUUCACCUGGAGGGAGGAGAGGUUAGUGGUACAAUUGAUGACUCAAUCCGCCAUGCUAUCAGUAAACUGGCCCAUUACCACGCCUGCUGCACACGGAUGGCAGAGCAGCACCUCAUAGCUAUGUGUGAGGACCACUCUCGUAUCCUCCUUGCUGGCUGCCCUUCAUAUGACAAGCUGCUAUUGUCUCAUCACAGAGAGGACUACAUGGAUAUCAUCAAAAGCUGGUUGGAUGACAAGGUCCAGGAAGGUGACUAUAUUGUAGCAUUGCAGCACCCGGUCACGACGAACAUCCAGCACUCUGUUAAAAUCUAUGGGCUGAUGCUGGAUGCGUUGAUUUCCUUCAACAAGAAGACUCUCAUCCUCUUUCCCAACAUUGAUGCCGGAAGUAAGGAGAUGGUACGUGUUAUGCGAAGAAAGGGGAUUGAGCAACACCCAAACUUCCGAGCAGUGAAGCACAUUCCUUUUGAGCAGUUCAUCCAGCUUGUGUCACAUGCUGGCUGCAUGAUUGGAAACAGCAGCUGCGGGGUACGAGAGGCUGGGGCCUUUGGCACACCUGUCAUUAACCUGGGAACAAGACAAACAGGCAGAGAAACAGGUGAAAAUGUUUUACAUGUCAGAGAUGCCGACACUCACAAUAAAAUCUACCAUGCUCUGGAGCUGCAGUUUGGAAAGAGAUACCCCUGUUCUAAGAUUUAUGGUGAUGGCAACGCAGUGCCUCGUAUUCUCAAGUUUCUCCGUUCUAUUGACCUGGACGAGCCUCUCCAAAAGACCUUCUGCUUCCCUCCUGUGAAAGAUCCGAUUUCCCAGGACAUUGAUCAUAUCCUAGAGACACAAAGUGCUUUGGCCGUCGACCUGGGAGGGACCAACCUCAGAGUGGCCAUUGUCUGCAUGAGGGGCACCAUAGUGAAGAAAUACAGCCAGCCCAAUCCAAAGACUUUCGAGGCCAGAAUGGAACUCAUAUUAAAGAUGUGCAAUGAUGCCAUGCGGGAUGCUGUGGGCCUUAACUGUAGAAUACUUGGUGUCGGAGUGUCCACUGGUGGGCGUGUAAACCCCCAAGAUGGUGUGGUCCUUCACUCCACAAAGCUGAUUCAGGAGUGGUCUUCUGUGGACCUAAGAACGCCCAUAUCAGAUGCUUUACACCUACCCGUCUGGGUUGACAAUGAUGGCAACUGUGCUGCACUGGCAGAGAGGAAGUUUGGUCACGGCAAAGGAGUGGAGAACUUUGUCACAGUCAUCACAGGAACAGGUAUUGGAGGAGGAAUUAUCCAUCACAAUGAGUUGGUCCAUGGUAGUACCUUCUGUGCUGCUGAGCUGGGUCACAUCAUGGUUUCCCUGGAAGGCCCAGAGUGUAUGUGUGGCAGCCGUGGCUGUAUAGAGGCCUAUGCAUCUGGGAUGGCCCUUCAGAGAGAGGCCAAAAAACUGCAUGAUGAGGAUCUGUUGAAGGUGGAGGGGAUGGAUAUGAAACUCUCAGAGCCAAUCACUGCUGCACAUCUUAUCAGUGCAGCCAAAAUGGGAAACUCCAAAGCUGACGCUGUUCUGACCAAGGCCGCCACUGCACUGGGUGUGGGCAUCAUCAACAUCCUCCACAUAGUCAACCCUUCACAAGUGAUUCUGUCGGGAGUCUUGGCCUCUUACUACCAGGCGCCAGUGCAGCAUGUCAUCUCGCAGAGAGCGCUCUUCUCUGUCCAAAACAUCAAGGUUGUAACAUCAGACUUGGAAGAACCAGCUUUACUUGGAGCAGCCAGCAUGGUGUUAGACUAUGCAACCAGAAGAAUAUAUUAAAGAACAAAAUCAUUAAAACCUGCAAGGCAGUUUUGUCCCUGUGGUCUAACAAACAUACAAGUACAGUUAUUAUUUUCCAAAGUUGAAGUCUGUUAGUCGGAUUAAAAUCCGGAAACACAUGUGAAGUGGGAGUGGGUCUAGUGCAUGGGCCAGAAAUCCUAAUUCUCUUUUGUACAGUGCCUAUAGUAUCGAGGUUGAAUUAAUCUCCAAAACUUAUCUGUACAAGCUAGAACCUUCCUUCUGUGCUUGUGGUGUGGAUGGAUGGAAUAGUCUAUUUAUAGAAACCUUGUGACCAAAUUAUAGCUGAAUCUUGCUUCUGUUGCUUUCUUUCUAUUGUAACUUGAGUUUUCUAUCAAUUUUGUGCGGAUGUUGCAUUUCCAAUUGUAUGGAACAUACACAAUUUACAUUUUUAGUUUUUUUUGUGUGUGUUGUUGUUGUUGUUGUUGUUCUUCUUCUUCUUUUUUAUGAAUGAAAUAAUCUAAAAUGGUAUUAAGUAACUUUAAAUAUACACCAAUCUGUCACAACAUUAAAACUACAACUCACUUACAUGAAGAAUACCCAACAAUGUGGUAGUAGUCCCCAACAGCAGCACCAGCCUUGCCUUACUAUAAAGAUUCAACCCACAAGACCUUUGCCCUAUUUAGAGGACAAGUGGGACAUGCAGAGUACUAGGCAGGUGGUUUUAAUGUUGUCGGUGUUUGGUGUAUAAUAAACAUGAUUAAAACUGCUUUGGAUCUAUGGAUGCUAUAGUAUGAUAAGAGGUUGGGGGGUUGUUUGAUUGUUUGUUUUAUUUAAGUUUUUCCCAGGCUUGUUAUGAAGAUGUUAUUCUUCUGAAGAUGUACAACAUGGUUUUUAUGUACACCUUUAUACUGCAUUGCACAAUACAUGCUAUUUGUAAGUUUUAAAUACAUUUCUGUGGAUGUUUGUUUAAUAUUCAUCGAGAAAAUAAGUUUUAGACAAUUGUAAGAAAAAGACUGAAGUUAAUUAAGUAUUUAUUAUUCAACUUUUUAGUUAGUGUCCAAAGAAAAAUUGAAACUGCAUAGCAGUUCAAACAUUUUUUCUUUGCAUCUUUGAAAUGUUACAGUGAGUAUACAUCUAAGGUGUCAUUUGACCAGAUUAAAAUAUUUACUGUUUAGAAGGCAAAACGCCUAUUUAAUCAAUUUUUUCUUUCUUUUUUUUUAAAAUUAAUUUUCAAAUUUUGAUGUCUUCAGUUUUGUUUUAAAACUUAUAAAUGUUUAAUUUAUGCAUUAAACAUGCAUUGAGGUCUUUAUGAGGUUUUCACCUGAAAUGCUUUUCCAGUGGACCUGAAGGAAUUCCUACAAAUGUUGAGCACUCGAUAGUGGCUCCUCUCCUAUCUGUUGACCAGAUCAGUUUUUAUAUUAACGAACAAACACUGAACACUUUACGCCGAUUCAUCUGCUUGUUAACGCAAAUAUCUAAUCACGUCACAAAGCUCAGAACUUCUUAAACUUGUUUCAUGAACACGCCAGUGUACUCAAAAAAAACCUCCAAAGUCACCAGAUGUCAAUCCAACGCAGCACCUUUGGGAUGUGGUGGAAGGGGAAGACUGGCUUCAUGGAUGUCUAGCCGACAAAUCUGCAGCAACUGCGUGUGGCUAUCAACAUGGACCAAGAUGUUUAUUUUAUCUUGUUGAAUCUGUGCUAGCAACAGUUAAGCCAGUUUUGAAUCUAAAAGGCUGUUGAUAUUUGUGUAAUAAAGAACUUUUAAUUA